AAAGACCAAAACUUUAACUAACUUGCAAAAGUUUUCUUGGCAGUUGCAAUCCACUAAAAAGAAAAACAAAGAAGUUUACUCCUAUUCCAUUUCUCUCUAAAUUUUUUGAUGGAUUGCUCAAGCUCCAUUGAUCCACCAUCAUCUUCUUCUUCUUCUUCUUCUUCUUCUCUAUAUCCUUACACUCUUCUCCUUAAUGCUUUUUAUCUAAUACCUAUUUCUCACUAUUUCUUUGCCUUUGCUAUUUUCUCAUUUUUCUUUCUUUACAACUUCUUGGAGUUUCAUUUCUUCAGAGAUUUCUUUCAUGGAUUUCGUGGAUGCCCAAUUGGCCUUACCUAUAAUCCUUCUUCCCCAAUUUAUAACUGUAUUGUUUCUAAAUGUAAAGUCCUCCAUGGCAGGUAUUUGGCAACCCCCUGGCUUUCAAGUCCCAAUAUUCAGACUUGUUUCUUGAAUUUCCUUGGCAGGCCUCCUGUUUUUAACUAUAGAAGGCAAAUUUAUCAUGCUUCUGAUGGUGGAACCAUUGCUUUGGAUUGGUUGAUGCAUUCUGAUGUUUCUGGAGGUGACUUUGUCAUGAAUAAUGCCAUUUCUAAAGAUGAUACAACCCCCAUUGUGGUUGUAAUUCCAGGCUUAACUAGUGACUCUUCUUCUGCUUAUAUAAAGCAUCUUGCAUUCAAUACGGCAAAACAUGGGUGGAAUGUUGUUGUUGGCAAUCAUAGAGGAUUGGGCGGUGUUUCAGUUACUUCUGAUUGCUUUUACAAUGCUGGAUGGACAGAAGAUUUACGGGCAGUCAUCAAUUAUCUCCAUAACGAAUACCCCAAAGCUCCUUUAUUUGCUGUUGGAACCAGCAUCGGUGCUAAUAUACUGGUAAAAUAUCUUGGGGAGGAUGGAGAGAGGACUCAUGUUUCAGGGGCUGUAGCCAUUUGUAAUCCUUGGGAUCUAUUGAUUGGUGAUAGAUUUAUAUGCCGUAGGUUGUUGCAAAAGUUUUAUGAUAGAGCUCUAACAAUUGGACUUCAAGGUUAUGCAAAAUUGCAUGAACCUCAAUAUUCUCGGCUUGCUAAUUGGGAAGGAAUAAAGAAGUCGCGUUCUAUUCGAGAUUUCGACAACUAUGCAACCUGCCUUGUCGGGAGUUUUGAGACUGCGGAUACAUACUACAGGCGCUGUAGCAGUGCCUAUUAUGUUGCAGAUGUAUCAGUACCACUACUCUGUAUCAGUGCUCUGGAUGAUCCAGUCUGUACUAGGGAAGCCAUUCCUUGGGAUGAAUGCAGAGCAAAUCGAAACAUUGUGUUGGCCACGACAAAGGAUGGAGGACAUCUAGCAUUCUUUGAAGGAUUAACUGGAGCUGGUUUGUGGUGGGUGAGGGCUGUCAAUGAAUUUCUUGGUGUUCUACACUCUAGUCCUUGUAUGCAUGUACAAAAGGAGCAGCCUUCCAGCUUGCAUUCAUCAGAGAAAACUUCCAUUGACCAGGGCCCAUUUGUGAACAUUACAGAAGAUGGAAUGGUUGCUGCAGCGGCUGGACAAGGAGAGCCCGCAACAGAGCCGAAUUCUGAUCCUGUAUCAGAGGCCACUCAAACCCCCGGACAGCUUACGAACAUCCAGAAUGUUAAGACUUCUGACACAACUGCUCAUGUUAGAAGAUACGUAAAUCAGAUUUCCAAACAGAACAGAGGUUCGGUAUGGUUGCUUGCUUUCAUUGCUGUUGUAACAGGUUGGCCAUUGUUAGGAUCAGCAUUGAUUAUCUGCAGGAAAAAGCUGAGGAAUAUCUUACCUGCAGCUUUGCUUAGAAGAUAGCUCCAUGAUGAUUAGAAACUGUGGCACUUUAUUGGAUGCAUGUAUUGAUUGCUGCCUAGCAGUAACAUUUACAUUUCCAUUCUUAAUGUAAGCAUAAUAAAAAUUAAAGAAAUAAUAAUUUGGUCAUGGACUGUAUGUAAGCAAGCUUGCUUGACAGAUACGGUAGAACUGUAUAGUUAUCAGGGGCAAGCUGGCCUGAGUCUCAGGACAGUGGAGCAACCCAUAGGUCAAUUAGGCCCACC